CACAGUCCGUGAAGGCAGCAGCAGCAGCGCGCGGACAGAGAAACGAUCAUGGCUGACGCGGUGUCUGACAGUGAGCAGCAGGCAGCGAAGCAGCCACCCAAACGCCGACGCAUCCUGGACCCUUCAGCCAUCGUCUCUGUUCCCGUCUACUCAAACAAGGUGAGCAGCAGUCUGCAGCUGAAGCCAACGGCAGAAAUGUUCGCUGGAAAAGAAAACUCCGACGACGUUGCAGACGACAGCUUGUGGUCUCCGUUCUCGUCUCCGAAGCGGAGUUCAGCCGUGGUCGUCGGCCUCAGCGACUCGGAGGACGAAGCCGAACACGUGGAGAAGAAAACAGAACCAGCAGCCAUGCGCUGCCCGUCUCCUCCACAGAGUCCGGUCCAGAAACAGUCCCGACAGGCCCAACGGAAGAUCAGCGAGAUUGACCGGAAGCUCCGGGCGGUGAACUACCUCCUGUCUCCCGAACAUCAGGACCGAAGCUCCAGAAGCUCCAGAAGCUCGAGACGGUGCAGCGACGAUGUCCUCGUCGUGAGCUCUAACGACGACGACGUCAUGAUCGUGAACUCCGAUUCGGGGCUCCAGGAUUCUCCAUACAGCUCGUUGGUCCGGGAGAUUCCCCUCAAGAUCCGCUGCCGAACGGACAUCCACAAGAUCCAGGUUCAGUCGUCGACGCCGUUGAGUGAAGUGGUGACCCAGCUGUCCGUCAUCCUCAGGGUUCCUCCUCCUCGCCUCCUGCUGCUGAGGGAGGACGUGGAGCUUCCAACGCACGCCACCGUCGGCGAGCUCGGCCUCGGCAUCGCUGACAUCAUCGAGUGUGUGGUGAUGGCACCGUCACCAGAGGUGGGGGAGACCCAGAGGGACGACAGCAUGAUGAUGGUGAUGAUGGUAGUUGUGUGUGUUUGUGUUGUGUGUUGUGUAGAGUGUGUGGUGAUGGCAUCGUCACCAGAGGUGGGGGAGACCCAGAGGGACGACAGCAUGAUGAUGGUGAUGAUGGUAGUUGUGUGUGUGUGUGUGUGUGUUUGUUGUGUAGAGUGUGUGGUGAUGGCAUCAUCACCAGAGGUGGGGGAGACCCAGAGGGACAACAGCAUGAUGAUGAUGAUAGGUGUGUGUGUGUGUGUUUGUUUGUGUGUGUUUGUGUGUGUUUGUGUGUGUUUGUGUGUGUGUGUGUGUGUGUGUGUUUGUGUUGUGUAGAGUGUGUGGUGAUGGCACCGUCACCAGAGGUGGGGGAGACUCAAAGGGACGACAGCAUGAUGAUGAUGAUGGUGAUGAUGGUAGUUGUGUGUUUGUUGUGUAGAGUGUGUGGUGAUGGCACCGUCGCCAGAGGUGGGGGAGACCCAGAGGGACGACAGCAUGAUGAUGAUGGUAGUUGUGUGUGUGUGUGUGUGUGUGUGUGUGU